UCAGCUUCUGUGUAAAGGGUUGAUGUAAGAGGAGAAAGAAAGAGGUUGUCUUUGUUUCAGUAUUUGCACAGAGUGAAAACUUUUCCAUCAUGAAAGAUCUUCACAGGUGGCUCUUUCCAUCCUGGCUUCUCGUUUAUCUGACCAUUUGUAAAUGCAGUAACAUCAUUGUACAGAAUUUUGAGGGUGAGAACACCACAUUGCCAUGCAAAUAUGACAUUCAAUAUCAUGGUAAAUGUCACAUAUGCUGGAUAAGAGGAGACAUUCCCAAUAUGGGAUGUGGUGAUGAAAUUAUUGGAAGUGAUGGUGAUACAACGGUGAACAGACAGUCACAAAGAUACCAGAUUACUGGAGAAAUACGGCAUGGAGAUGUGUCUUUAACAAUCCUUAACAUCACAAAACAAGACUCAGGCAAAUAUGGUUGCCGCAUACAUGUGCCUGGAUUGUUUAAUGAUGAGAUGCAUUACGUUCACUUGAUUGUUAGUGACGCACCAACUCCAGCAACAUGGGAAACUACAUCCAUAACCAGCAGUUUCUAUGAGAGUGAAACCUCAGGAGUAUUCGCCACUGCCAUGACUGAGGAAACAGGUGAUUUCAAUGGUUCAUCCUCCGUUAAAAAAGGAGAGAGUGUAAAUGUAUCUGCAGUUAUUGUGCCUGUUCUUCUGUUACUGUUGACUUUCAUAGUCAUUGCUGCCCUUUUGAUAUGGAAGCAAAAGAGGAAAAGCAGAGCAUUUGUAGAAAUAGUCCAGAACUCCGAGAACUCUGUCAUCUACAGUAACUCUGGCAGCAGUUUGGGCCUGUACAACAGAGAGAUGGCUGUGGACAAUGUCUAUCAGAUACAGACCGAAAAUGAAUAUGAACAAUGGCAUUAAGGGGUCAUGUCAUGUUUUUUUUUUUUUUUUUACUUUAAUGUUUUCCUUGAGGUUUAGUUAUGUUAGUAAAGGUUUUUGUACAAAUACAGUCCUAAUAUAGUAUUAAAUUAAAAUGUUCUUCUGUCUCUGGCACCUCUGUCUGAAACAUGUUUGCUAUGCUGUCCCCUUUAAGAUUUCCUCAGCCAGGCUACCGGUUCACGGCGACAAUUACACAUUUUGUGGUUCCGGGCUAUUCAAAUGACACUGCAAUACUAGUAAUUUUUGCAGAAUAGGAACAAUAAAUGCUCUUUUUGGACUGGAGAGGAAGUUUUGAGUUCUGAAACUUAAAGUGUAUUUUUAUAGUACAGUGACCUCUUAUAUGUAAAAAUAUAGAUGAAUAUUGACAUGAAAUUAUUACUUUAAUAUCUCAGAAAAGCACAUUACCUUUAGCAUUUUUAAUUUGAUCAGUGAUGACCAGCCUCAACUGUUCUUCAGUGUAUUUUUUGUGUUGUCUAAAACAAUUUUGUUUGUGUACUUACGUGACAGCUAUUGCUGAUUAGAGCAAAAUUGUUGCUCUGGUCUAACCUUUACUCAUCCUAAAAUUUAUUUGUAAGACAUAUGCACUUAAUUCUAAUAGCGAACAUACUCCAACACUAUCAUUAAUAAAACCUUC